AUGGCGCACGAAGGUGGUUCUAGUGGAAAACUUCCAAGUGAUGAUAUUGGUUGGAAAUUUGGAAUUCCACUAGAAAAUAAUAGGCAUAAAAUUAGGUGUAGAUUUUGUGGAAAAGAGUUAAAUGGUGGUAUAAGUAGGUUGAAGCAACAUUUGGCCCAUAUGAAAGGUCAAGUCGCACCUUGUGCUAAUGGCAAAACGCUUGACAAAAGGAAGAUGAAUGAGGAAUUGACAGAACAAAUUAGAGCCAGUCAGUGUGAUGAUGAUGAAAAUGAUGAAGAGGACUUAGAAAUGGUUAUGGCCCGACAAAAUAGGGCUAGUGAUAUUGAGGUCGCACCUCCUCCUGGUUUUGCUCGGCGAAGUCAUAGUGUUCGUGAGACUAGUACAGGUAGGAAAUGGAUUGAUACAUCCUCUCCAGAAGUUCAAUUAUUAGACAUAGAUGUGGAUCUUCAUAGGACCAAAGGCAACAAACAAUCCAAACUCUCCUCUAGAUUUUUGAAAGAAGCAAAGAAAAAAUUAGGAAGAGCAGUUAGCCAGUUUGUAUUGUUCACUCCAGUGCCUACUAAUGUUGUUAAUUCUAAAUGGCUAGAACCAAUGUUGGAUACUGCAAGAGAGGUUGGAAGAGGAACAAAGCUACCUACUUCUUAUGAAGUAACUGAAGUGUAUUUACCAAUGGAGUAUGAAGCUUUACAAAAUUGGAUAAAAUCUCAUAAAUCUAGUUAG